AUGACAUUCCUUAAAAAGGACAAAUCCAAGCUGGACCUCCGUCUGAUGUUUUCCAUGAGUUCUGCUGGCGGGGCUCAGAGUGGCUCUGACCAGGGAAAGGAACCCGGCCAAGCUCAGGGCCAAAACCCAGACAAGCCAGAGCCACUGCCAAAGGAAAAAACAUCCUUUUCCCAGAAACUCUCCAUGUCGGCGCCGUCCUCCAGAAAACCCUCUGCAACGCCUCUUUCCCAUCCAGCCUCCCAAAGAGUGCCCUCCUCAGCUCAGGACACUCGCCACUCUUUCAAACCCAGUGUCCUUGCACAGUCGGCCAGCGUGCCUGAACCGCUGCCUACGAACACGUCUUUUGGGUCCAAUGUGGCGUUUACGCCCUUGGCUCAGAAAAACAGAGAAGCUGGUGCUGCUAAGGAGGGCCUGGGUCUGCUACUGCCCGUGCUGCUGCUGGGUCUGGGCUCACUGGAUUACCACGGCCCUGGCCGCCUUGAAAUAAGGUCCCAUUCGUCCGGCUCCGUUGUUCAAGAUGACCAGCAGCCUGGCCAGGGAAGACCGGGCUUCUACCGCACCAACACCGCCGACAACUACCUGCCAAGGCUGCUGGUGGUUCUGAUGCCCCAGCUGCCAGAGCCUCUGAAAGAAAAGGACCAAGCCAGCGAUGACAGUGUCCUUAAAAACAACUACAGAGGUUUCCACGGUACCAAAGCCCCUCAAGCCAAUGUGCCCCCCUUGAGCCAGCCUAUCAAGCCCCGCUUCCGCAAAAAGGGCUCCAGCUUGCUCAACAAGCUCAUUCACUCAAACCGCAAGGAUUCAGACCCUAGCGAACAAUCGGCCACCACGACUGCUCCAACGGAACACAAGGGUUCGACAAGCUCUUCCAAGCACAAGUUCAGGCUCCCUUCAAUAUCCCUGCACCACCAUCACGCCAACCCCGCUACUUCAGACCACGUAUCACGUCAUGCUUCUAUUUCUGAGGAAAGCUCGCAUCAACUGGAGAAGAUCCCGGACGCCUCGCGCCGAAAGUCAGCCAGCUCUGCCUCAGAUGCGCCUCUUCAAUCAAGUCCAUCUAAAGUUUUCGAUCUAGACUUGAACUUUGACGAAAUGCAGAGUAUCUUGAGAAAGCCUGAUAGAGCCCCAAUUCGCCCUUCGCUCCAGCUGGCAGGCAACAGUACAAGCGACGUUACGGACCAGCAUGCUGAUGAGCCAGCCAAACCUGCAGCAGGUUGGCAGGCACCCGAUUCGUGGGAUGUUACAGGUGACGCACCAACCCCAGCGCCAAACAACACAAUCGCUGGUUCCAGAGCUCAAGCAAACCGUUCUUCCGAUGCAAGCAAUGGCAGAGCGGACGAGUAUGGUCAGGUUCCACAACAGUUGAUUUCUCACUCACACUCAAGCUCAACCGACAGUCUGGUGUCUUCUGUAGAUGGUGUCAUUCCCACGGUUCCUACUGAUGGGUCCAGAAAACGCAAAUUGGAAAGCCGUCCAUCUGUCCCUCGCAGAAAACUUCCGAUCCUUUAUGGAACUUGGUCCAAUGGCCCUCCUGCAAUGGAAGGCAAGCUUGCCAAGGGACCAAACCAUAUUGUCAGAGUUUUCAAAGAGGACAACACAUUCACCACCAUUUUGUGUCCUUUGGAGACAAACGCUGCCGAGCUUCUUCGAAUCGUACAAAGGAAAUUCUUUUUUGAAUCAAUAUCUAACUACCACCUUGCACUCUAUGUGGGUCGAAAUGUCAAGGUUCUUGAGCCAUUUGAAAAACCGCUUAAGAUCCAAAUGGGGUUAUUGAGUCUCAGUGGAUACUCUGAGAACGACAAUUUCAGAAUCAUUGGAAGAGAAGACUUGUCUUAUGUUUGCAAGUUGGUGGUGGAAAAUAAGGUUUUGCGGAAUUUGACUCACGAAGAAGAGUCCGUGGUUACCAAGGACUAUGUUGAUGUUGACAUUUCAAGUUUAGAUCUCAAGACAAUCCCAAUCAUCUUUCAUCAGCACACCUAUGAAAUUGAGAAAUUGAACGUCUCAGACAACCCAGCAAUUUAUAUUCCAUUGGAUUUCAUCCAGUCAUGCACCAACUUGUCUUCGAUCAACUUUGCCAGGAAUGGGUGCUCAAAAUUUCCCGUGAACUUUUUAGAGGCCAGAGAUUUGACGUCUCUUAACAUGGAAGCCAACUUCUUAGAUGAAAUUCCCCAUAAAUUUGGUCACUUGACGAAUUUGGUUAACUUGAAACUCAAUUCUAACCAGCUUUUUAGUCUUCCAAAAUCAUUUUCAAGGCUAGAAAACUUAGUUCACCUCAAUUUAUCAUCGAAUUACUUCGAGGACUACCCGGAAUGCAUUAAUGAAUUGACAAACUUGCAAGACCUCGACUUGUCUUAUAAUGACUUGCAUGCUAUCCCUGACUCCAUAGCAAAACUUUCGAAGUUAGUGAAGCUCAACCUUUGCACGAACAAGUUGGCGGGAAGUAUACCCGAAAGCUUCAAGAGCUUGACAAAUUUGAAGAGACUUGACAUUCGUUAUAAUCAGGUAUCCAACGUGGAUGUGUUGGGUGAUCUACCGAACUUAGAGGUUGUUUAUGCUUCCAAAAAUAAGAUUUCGGCAUUCAAUGACAAAAUGGAAAAAUUGCGGUUGCUUCACUUUGACAGAAACCCCAUCACUAACUUGGAAUUUGAAAUCUUAUUGCCAAUGUUGACUGUUUUGGAUUUGUCGAAGGCCAAGCUCACCAUGUUGCCAUCGGAAUUCGUCACGAAAAUUCCACAUAUCGAGAAGCUUGUCUUGGACAAAAAUCACUUGGUAAAUUUGCCAGAUGAGCUAGGAAAUCUUCCACGAUUGACGCAUUUGUCGUUGUAUGGAAACAACAUUCAGUCAUUACCCGCAUCUAUUGGGCAACUCUCAUCGUUGCAAUUUUUAGACUUGCAUUCCAAUAACAUCCUGAGCUUGCCAGCCGAGAUUUGGAAUUUAAAGAGCCUCGCGUUUUUGAACGUCGCUUCAAACCUUCUUACUUCGUUUCCACAACCGCUGUUCGCAAUAGCCAAAAAGAUUUCUUCUUCUGCUAGUCUCCGAGCUGAUGAAGUUCGGUCUUUGGAGGAAGCAAACGAGUUCAAUGCAUCAGCUAUCAAAAGUCGUCCCACAUCGCUCGCAGAUUCUUUGCUAUCGUUGACUCUAUCUGACAAUCGCCUUAACGAUGACUGUUUUGAAGCCAUAUCAUUGCUCAUUCAGCUAAAAUGUUUGAACAUCUCAUACAAUGACAUUUUAGAAAUUCCGGAAGGUGGCUUGGCAAACUUGCUGAAGUUGACCGAAUUGCAUCUUUCCGGAAAUGGGUUAACCAAGCUCCCGGCUGAUGACCUCGAGGAUCUCUCGUGUCUCAGGUUACUCUAUUUGAAUAACAACAAGUUAUCGACGAUCCCAGCGGAGUUAAGCAAGCUCAACAACCUCACUUAUUUAGACGUUGGAUCUAACCUUUUGCGUUACAACAUUUCGAAUUGGCCCUACGACUGGAACUGGUUUGCCAACAAGAAAUUGAAGUACCUCAACUUCUCAGGAAACAAACGUUUUGAGAUUAAGCAAAGCUAUGUUAAGAAUCCAGAGACUGGUGAUGAUCUUGAUAGUUUAUUGGUUCUCAAGGAUUUGAAGGUGUUGGGAUUGAUGGAUGUGACGUUGACUACGCCUGCUGUACCUGACCCUGGUGUUGACGUUCGCCUCAGAACGGCCUCAUCAGAGCUUGAUAACGUUGGCUACGGUGUAUCUGACGCCAUGGGUAUCCGAGACCAUAUAUCUUUCAGGGAUGUAUUCAUGCAAAAGUUCCGAGGAAAUGAGAAUGAACUUUUAUUGUGUUCAUUUGACGGGAAGACAGGUGGCCAUCAGAGCAGUGGGCAUCUCAUCUCAUUCUUAGCGAAACAGUUUUUUGUACCCAACUUCACGAACGAAUUAGGAAAAAUUAAGUCCGAUGAUGAGAUCCAAGAUGCAAUGAGGCGUGCGUUCCUUUCCUUGAACAAAGAGAUUAAUUCUGUAUUCGCUGCUAAAAAGGGUGGUUAUUUCGCCCCGAAUACUGUCAGUCCAGAGCUUGCAGCUCUCAAAAUUCCAGACGAUUCCCUAAUUGGAUGUUCCAUGUGCGCUCUCUACAUCAAGGAUAAGACCGUGUAUUGUGGUAACAUCGGUGAUAUUCAGCUUGUUUUGUCGAAGAGUAAUGGCGAUCACGUUCUUCUCACGACCAAUCACGAUCCAACGAGUAGAGAAGAAUUUGAAAGAAUUCGGGCUUGUGGAGGUUACGUUUCGGGUGAUGGUGCACUUGAUGGCACGCUUCAAAUUUCUCGGGGUGUUGGAUUCUUUGAUUAUCUCCCACAUACCCACUCAGGCCCAAGCAUCAAGAAAUACACUCUUUCUGGUAACGAUGACGUUCUCGCCAUAGGAACAAGGGUGUUAUGGGAUUACAUUUCCUAUGAUUUGGCCGUUGACAUCCUUCGCCAAAGCAAGGAGGAUCCGAUGAUAGCUGCUCAGAAGUUGAGAGAUUACGCAAUUUGUUAUGGUGCCACGGAUAAGAUUUCUGUCAACGUGAUUUCAAUUGGUGACCGCAAGACAAAGAAGAAGAAGAGUUUGUACAAUAAUUUGGGGCGUGAAGCGGACCUUUUCGCCAACAAGAGAAGGAGAGAUCGGGGUGCUCAGUCAGGAGACACAGCGCUCAGAGCUUUGGAUAAUGAAAUUGAGCCGCCCGUGGGUGACCUCGCUUUAGUUUUCACGGACAUAAAGAACUCCACGCUUUUAUGGGAGACAUACCCUGUGGCCAUGAGAUCGGCUAUCAAAUUGCAUAACACAAUAAUGCGUCGGCAGCUCAGAAUUGUCGGUGGUUAUGAGGUGAAAACAGAAGGAGACUCUUUUAUGGUCACAUUUCCUUCGCCCACAUCGGCCUUGUUGUGGUGCUUCAAUGUUCAAUACCAAUUGUUGAAUGAGGAGUGGCCAUCAGAGAUAUUACAGACGAACGAAUGUUGUGAAGUUACUGAUAACAAAAACAAUGUUAUUUUCAGAGGCUUGUCUGUUCGUAUGGGAAUUCACUGGGGCUCUCCUGUUUGCGAGCUUGAUAUGGUUACCAAAAGAAUGGAUUAUUUCGGCCCAAUGGUGAACCGUGCUUCUAGAAUUGAGUCAAGUGCCGAUGGUGGUCAAAUUGCUGUGAGCUCGGACUAUCUUCAUGAGAUGGAACAGUUGUAUCACGUUCACGAGAUGAUCGCAUCCGGUCAAACAUCGUUGGAGGCUGCUUACGAAGGAAAUCUUCGGGCGGGAGAGAUUAUUGAGAAGGAAAUUGCUUCGUUAGAGGAAAUUGGGGUUUCGUAUUUCCCACUUGGCGAGAGAAAAUUGAAGGGCCUCGAAACUCCCGAGAUGAUUACCUUGGCUUACCCAAAGAGAUUAGAGCUUAGAUUUGAAAUUUUCAAGAAGAGAGCUGAUGAGGAUGAUAUGUUCAAGGGACGGAUUGUGGGUGCUGUGCCCGUUGAUGCCGUGUAUCAGUUGAGGACGCUUUCGCUUCGUUUGGAGAACAUUUGUGCUGCAGUAAACGUGGGAAUGAGGAUGGAUGAGUCUUUCCUGAAGAACUCGUCUGAGGUGAUUCUGGAGUCGACAGCUCAGCGGUUCAAGGAAAUGGAACUUGUUGCCUUGUUGAAUCAUCUGGUAACGAGGAUUGAGAAUAGCAUUGCAAACCUUGAGCUUCGUCAAACAAUGCUUCUGCUGAAUGGCGGUGACGGUAAGAUUGAUUUCUUCCGCAGUCCGGAUAUCUGGACGCUUAUGGACGAAGUCAAAAAUCUCAUCAGUGCUGCCACGAGAGAGCUCGCGGUGCUGCUGUUGUUACGAAUGAUUGUUGGGGUUGAUGACCCGGCUCAUCGUCUCCUGGGUACGGUUUCUCACAAAUCACAACUUCUGAACAAGGAGCAGUUGCGGAGUACCAUUGAGCUCCUUGUUUCCUUUUUACCACGUGGUCACUUGACAGGCUCUCGGUCCCACUAUGGUGUGGCUUGCAACUCUGGCACCGAUCCGGCCAAGACUACUAGAUACAGAAACCGGCUUGUUGAUGCGUUAGUUCGUGUGGUUUUGUUUGACCCCAGUGGUAGUGCCACCGGCUGGGCGCUUGAAAGAAUAAGAACGAAAUUCGCUGCCCGUGAGUUCACGGCAGUUGAGGCCAGGCUUCUUAGAGCCCAGCAUGGAAGCAAUAAUAAUCAGAAGUUUCUUUCUCUUGUGAGAGACCACAUGGCAGUUGAUACUGACAGCACUCAGGCUGCUGUACUCAUAGGCGAACAAGUGAGGUUUCUUAUUUCAAGAGAAUCCUUUGCCGUGGCUCGCCAGCUUGCUGUUCGAGCUGUCACCAUGUUGCCAUUAGACUUCGACUCGUGGUACAACUUGUGCGUUUGUUACAUGCUUGAAAAGAAGUACGACGAUGCUUUGCAGGCACUCAAUUCCUUGCCUGUGCUUCUCCAGUCAAGGAGAAGUUACGACGGUGAUUGUGUCGAUGGCAUUUCGGAUAUAUAUGUGCUGACUUUCAUGGAUCGACUGUCUAGAGGACACAUUCCCAUAAUGGCCGAUACAUUUGCCGAUUAUUUCCCUGUGCCUCGCACCGAGGACAUGACGGAAGCAGGCUCUGUCCAGUCAGUGUGGCACGGUAUGUUCAAGAAAGAAUCAGCAAGACAUCCAAUGGUGGGUCCCUUUUAUCAGUCGCCGUUGACUACGGCAAGUCCCAUUGAAAUGUCUGCUAUUGACAGCGGACUUGUCCGCGUGGCGGGCCCAUCAUCAGCGAAGAACAUGCUAGCGGCCCGUUCGGCAAAUGUCCCUUGGUCUUCCAUCCUCGACUUUGACAGAAAGUCCACUUGGGGUAGGGUCUACGAUUUGCUCACAUCUUUGGUCGCUUUGAUUGGCUGGGAGAACUUGGUUGCCAUUAAAAAGAAGGUAUUCCGAUCACCCAACGACCUGGCUCAAAGCAAAGAGUUUGUGGUCUCAAACUCCUCCAGCGCUCAAAAGGAAGAAUGUGCGCCAUGGCUCGAUCAACUUUUUUUGGUUGUCUAUGACGAUAUUCACACAAUGAUGACUGUCUCUGGUGGAAACGAUAUAGAUCAACACCGCAGCGCCUUGGCCUGGGGCAUGAUUGGUCUCGUGAGCUGGGGCUGCAAGUAUAAUUUGAAGGACAGCAUCUCCUCGUUAGCUACUUGUGCCGCUGGCGUGACCUCUGACGGUGGAUUUGAUUACUACGCUACAGUGAAACUCCUAGAGAUUUACAAUGAGUUUGUCCUCAGUGAUGUGGAGGCCUCCACUAUCGAUCUGCUAAGUUGUGUCUACGACAAUCGCUCCUAUACCAAUAAGCUCAUUGUGCGGAGUAUCCUGACAAAAAUGUUCCGUGAUUUUGUCUACCAGCUUGUCAAUGGCUACAUGGCACUUGAGACGAUGCUCGUACAUAUCAUGAAGCUUGUGGCUUGGGAGUUGCGUUGGUAUAACUACGUCCCAUCAUACUUGGUAAUCCAAUCAUUGAUCAAGCUCUGUCAGCAGAGAGACCCUGUCGAGGUAAGAACCAACUUUCGGGUUGUUUUUGAGAAAUUCAAGCUUCAGGCAGUUGACAGCAAGCAGGGCAAGUUCUCGUUGCUGGCUUGGUUUGGCGGGUCCAAAAAGAAAGCGUCCCAGCCCCACGACUUUGUUGACGGCGAUACCGUGAUAGACUACAUUGACCACCUCUUAGUGUGGGUUGAACUGUUGGGAUAG